UGAACAAAUCAACUUUCUCAAAUCUGCCAUAGAUUUAAAGGUGUCCUUACCUACUACAAAGCACAAGCAUUCUCUUUAGUUCUUGACAUCUUGUCCAAUGGCAACCCUUUCUUCUCAGCAAAUCCAUAUUCCCAAGACCAACAAUGAAAAAGAAGACAGAGAAAAAGACUAUGAAGCAACAUACCAAAAGUACAAUGAGGCACUCCAAACCCUUCCCAAAGAGAGAGGCUGGAUGUCUGAACAUCUAGUCCAGUACCAAGGCUACUGGUUCAGCCCCAAGUCUGCCCUAAAGGGAGCCUUCUUGGUGCAACACCACUUCAAGGCUCAACCCACCGAUAUCUUCCUGUCUGCUUACAUGAAAUGUGGCACCACAUGGCUCCGAACCCUUAUGUUCGCCACCAUGAACCGCUCCAGUUAUGACUUCUCCUCCCAGUCCCACCCUUUGCUUAACACUGGCCCUCAUGCCUGUUUUCCCUUCUUAGAUGCAUCUAUCUAUCAAAACUAUCCCAUAAAUACAGACCUUGACGCUCUUCCUUCGCCUCGGCUCUUUGCCACUCACAUUCCAUACACUUUUUUACCUCAAAGUGUGACGACAUCUUCUAGCUGCAAGAUUGUUUACAUAUGGCGUGAUCCGAAAGAUGUGUUUAUUUCUCUGUGGCACUUCAUGGAAAGAAUCAAACAAAAAGGAGUGCCACCCCUUCCACUAAAAGAAGCAUUUGACAUGUUUUGUGAGGGGGUCUCACACUAUGGACCCUUUUGGGAUCACGUGUUGGAGUAUUGGAAAGCAAGCCUUGAAUCGCCCGAAAAGUUUAUGUUCCUUAGGUAUGAGGAUUUGAAGAAAGAGCCCUCCAUUUACCUUAAGAAGUUGGCUGAAUUCAUGGGGCAACCUUUCUCGUUGGAGGAGGAGAGAGAAGGGGUGGUGCAAGAAAUACUCAAGCUAUGUAGUUUUGAGAAUUUGAGCAAUUUGGAGGUGAACAAGACGGGUGUGCUACGUUUGAGUGAUGAACUUGUGGUUCAUAACAGCGAGUUCUUCAGGAAAGGUAAGGUUGGAGAUUGGCAGAAUUAUUUUACCGAUGAAAUGAAAGAGAAGAUAGAUCUUAUCACAGAGCAAAAGUUCAAUGGUUCUGGAUUGAACUUUGGGGUCAAUCCCCAAAAUAGUAACUGUUAAUUGCUUAUGAUCUUGGAUAUGUUUUUUUAAGUUAAAGUUCAAUGGUUCUGGAUUGAACUUUUGUGUAAUGGCUGGGCUUGCCUAGUAUCGAUCUAAAUAAUGUGCUACUGGAUAUGUGUUUUAGUUUAAGUUCAAUGGUUCUGGAUUGAACUUUGCUGUUUUACCAAAAUAAUGAGUGUUAUUUGUUUGCGGCAAGGCUUGCCCUAGCUAUAGUACUACCUGAUAAUGUGAUCUUGGAUAUGUAUUUUAGUUUUAAUAAUGUGCCAGUUGUAAAUGCUCUUCUUGUA